AUGGACCGGAGGAAAGUCGUGCCCGGGUUUGUCUCCUGCUGUCUGUUUCUGGCCCUGUUUGUCUCUGCAGAGGUCAAUGAAGGUGCGCACUUGAAUGUUGUGCAGAGUAAAGCUCCGCUCUCCUGUUCAGAAGGUUUUACAGAAGUGGGCUACUAUAAUGGCUCAGUUUCCCACACGGACUCAGGCUCCCCCUGCCUGAAGUGGACAGAUUUCCCAGACUAUAUACGACAGUACCCGGGCCGAGGCCUGGGGGAACAUAGCUUCUGCCGAAACCCAGACCGAGAGCCCAAUCCCUGGUGCUUCUUCAGGCAGAGCUCCGGUGCCAUCAGCUGGGCCUACUGCGACUGCCAUCAGGGUGCAGCCAGAUUGGUAGGGGGGUCAUCGGGCAACAGCGGCCGCCUAGAGGUCUACCUGAACGGUCAGUGGGGGGCGGUAUGUGAUACACACUGGACCGACCGUGAUGCCAGUGUCAUAUGCAGACAACUUGGACUGGGUGAGAUUGGCACAGCCCUGCAGCAUUCCUACUUCGGGCCAGGUUCCAUCUUCCACUAUGAACGUCUGGGUUGCCGUGGUAAUGAGAAUUCCCUGCUGGAAUGCCGGAGCAGGAAGUUUGUGACCAGCGACUGCUACCAUGGCAAUGAAGCAGGGGUGGUUUGCGCUGAACCUGAAGGCACUGGCAUCCCCUUGAGGCUGGUGGGAGGCCUGGAGGACUUUGAGGGCCGCGUUGAGGUGUACCAUGGUGGCAGGUGGGGAACCAUUUGCGAUGACCAGUGGGAUGACGCUGAUGCUGAGGUGGUGUGCCGACAGCUGGGCCUAGGGGGCGUGGCCAAGGCAUGGACAUGGGCCCACUUCGGCCAGGGUGUUGGUCCCAUCUGGCUGGAUGGGGUUCAGUGUACAGGCAAUGAACUCUGUCUGGAGGAGUGUCCUCAUAACGUCUGGGCGCAACACAACUGUGACCACAUGGAAGAUGCAGGGGUGUCCUGCAACCCAUACACAGAUGGUGCAGUUCGUCUUGUGGGAGCAGACAGCCACAUGGAGGGUCGUGUGGAGAUUUACCACCAAGGAGAAUGGGGCACUGUGUGUGAUGACAACUGGACCGAGCUCAACGCCCAGGUAGUGUGUAGACAGCUGGGCUUCAGCGGCCGAGCAGAGGUGGCACCUGAUGGGGUUUAUGAAGAAGGCCAAGGUCUCAUCCUGCUGGACGAGUUGCAGUGCCAGGGAACAGAGGCCAGUUUACUGGCCUGCACCCACUCUGAGUGGGGCCAACAUGACUGCUCCCACAGUGAGGAUGUAGGUGUCCGCUGUGAGAAGGGAGGUGAUGCCAAUGAGAUACCAGGCCUGUUGCCUCCUAUUGGCCCUGUGGUGCGUUUGGUUGCUGGAGAGAGCAGGAAGGAGGGUAGAGUGGAGGUCUUCAUUAAUGGCCAGUGGGGAAGCGUGUGUGAUGAUGGCUGGAAUGAUGUCAAUGCAGCUGUAGUUUGCAGACAGCUGGGAUUCACUGGCUCUGCUAAAGCUCGAUCCAUGGCGUACUUUGGUGAGGGUCAAGGUCCAAUCCAUCUAGACAACGUCCGAUGCGCGGGCACCGAGAUAUCCUUAGGCCAGUGUCCGGCUUUGGGUCAAGAUGGCCAUGACUGUCGCCACAGUGAGGAUGCCGGUGUUAUCUGUGAUUACACCCUGGACCCUGUCGGGGAUGGUGCCAUGGCAAUGCAGACCUGUGGCCUGCGACUCAAUAAGCAGCGGCGUCGACGUAGGAUCGUUGGAGGAGAUAAGUCACUUAGGGGGGAGUGGCCCUGGCAGGUGUCUCUGUGGCUCAGGUCUCAGUCUAAAGGCAAUCAUCCUCUGUGUGGAGCAUCACUUAUCAACCCCUGCUGGGUUGUGACCGCCGCCCACUGCUUUAAGAGAUUUGGGAGAGACCCCACCCGCUACGUGUUGCGCUUGGGUGACUAUCACACUGCGGAGCAGGAUGACUUUGAACGCACCUUAUCCCCUGAACGCAUCAUUAUCCACAGAAAGUACCAAACUCAGGGCUGGGAGUACGACAUCGCCCUGCUGCGGCUCAAAGGCUCAGAAGGCAACUGUGUGGCAUUCAACCCCCACAUUGGUGCAGUGUGUCUGCCAGAGCCAGGUCACAAGUGGGAGAAGAGGCCUGCUGCCUGUGUAAUCACUGGCUGGGGUAUCACAGACUCAGAGUACUCCCGGACUCUGCUCCAGGCCUGGGUCCCCCUUCUUCCACCCUGGAAGUGUAAGAAGCGAUAUGGUGAUCGCUUCACCAGCCGCAUGCUGUGUGCCGGGAGCCUGUCGGAGCACCACCGUGUGGACAGUUGCCAGGGUGAUAGUGGGGGUCCGCUGGUUUGCCAGGGGGAGGGGGGCCGUUGGAUUCUGACAGGGGUCAUCUCCUGGGGUCAUGGCUGUGGUAACCCAGCUUUCCCUGGGGUGUACACACGUGUUAGCAGGUUCCUGCGAUGGAUUGACAAGGUCAUCAAUAAACCCUAUAAGAACUAAUGAUGGAGGAUAUUACCUAAUAAUAAUGAAUAGCCAAUGCUAGUAAGUGGCCUUGUGGCAGGAGGUGUGUUAGAAGAAGGUAAGAAUUAAGCCCGCUGGCCAUUGCUUGUGUGUUGUGCCUCCUAGACUUUUACACUCUUGUUGGAUUAUUUGUUUCCUUUCUCACAACACAUCAAAAAGCAUGUAAAAUACAUUGUAUAAUAUCGUCACUACAAUCAAUAUUUCAUGCAGAGGCGCUGGUAGGUUAGUACGUAGCUUACCUUCAUGACAUGUUGUACUUUUGACAUUCACCCGAACUGCAAUGUGUCUGCUUCUUGCACGUCUUCAUCAAACCAGUUCAAUGGUUGCUUCUUCUUUCAUCCCACACUCACAAAAGGGUUUCUGCCAACAUAAAUGCACUAACAAAAUGGCCAUAUCUCUCACUGUAAACUGAUUGUUAUCAGUGUUAGUAGAGUUAGCAGUGCUUUGCUGACCAAUAAGGCUGCACUGCUUCACAAUAUUAGUGUUCCAAUGGUUUGCCUGUUGAAAGCUAUUAUUGUGAAGCAUUGAGGUUAGAGAUGUGGGUUGACCAUGGUCUAAGCUGUGGUUCCCUACUGUGAGGCCAUGAAAAUGCAUAUGAUCAUGGCAGCGCAAUACAGGCCUUCAUGGGUCCAAAAUUUAGGAUCUGAUCUGAAGUGGAACAGUGGAAAAACCUGCCCGAACCCAACAUACAUAAAUAUAUUUAUUUAGUGAAGGGUAGGAUUGCGGAUAGAGAAUAGUAUCCAUCUAAACAGACUGGACUAGAGGACAUGUUGACACACAGACCAGAGACCUGUGACAAUCAAAUUUGUCUCUGGCUACUAGGAACCAAGUGGACCCAUGAAGACCUCUGCUGGGUACAGUUAAACAGUGCUAACAGUGCUGUACUAAACCAGUCAUGUAAACGGUUGAACAACAUUGCACUAGAAAGCAUGCCUUAAAAUCCCACUGGGUCACCUUUAAAUGAACCUCAUGCAGGCCCGAGCUAGUGAAGGAAUGACAGUACAGGAAAAAACAAAUACAUUUGAAGAAUGAUGUGUAAGCAGUAGAAGUAGAAGUACAGUGAAUUUGCAUGUAGACAUUUUAUUUGUUUUAUUAACAUUCCAAGUGUGCAUCUCUGAACUAAACCCACAGGUCUAACCGUUAUUUAUCAUUACUCUAACCAUUACAUGACAUCAUUGUCGCCAAUUUAUUUUUUGUUUGCUAAAAUGUAACUAAUUACAGGUCUAUAAGACAACAUAUACAAAGUGCAAGUCCAUUGAUAGGCUGUCUACACGUAGCUAAGAGAGGCUUAUAAUCAAGACUGCAUAACCAAUCAGCAAAAACACCUGGGGCCCCAGAGCCCAGGGCAAAAAAGCCACUGGUUCACUGUUUGGCAUUUGGUUUGUGGUAAUUUAACUGUAACUAUGUUUGGGGAUGUGGGAAGAUGUAUAUUAUCAAAUGGGAGGACCCUGCUUUCAACUGAGCUUGAGGCCGUGUCUUAGAGAGGGUCCCUGUGUCAAAAUAUUCUGUACAUGUAGAAGCUUCAGAAUUUAAGAUUUUGUGUUUAUAUGGUGAAUAAUAUGAAAUUUAUUUGUAUUUAUUUUUGGAAUACUGUACACAUUGGUGUGUACAACUGAAGCUUUACAACAAGGUAUAUGUGUUCUGUUCUGCAUUGGUCAGUGCAAUUUUAAUUUUUUAUUGUUUUAAUUUAUUUUGAAAAAACAUCAAUGUUUACUUUGUUAAGCUGUAUCUAUUUACGUAUUGUUCAUAUUAACAUGGUCACAUUCCACUAUGAGACUAGAGAAAUGCAAACAUUGCUGUAGGUAACAAUGCUGCUGAGACAUUUAAUAUGUUUCUCAGCUACUGGGAACCAGAAUCCAACCACAACACACUUAACAGGGACUAGCUGACUUGUUUCUAUUCAAACUUGAAGCAUUUUGUUCAUGUAGCAGAUACUAUUCAAUAAAUCCAUCCAUCCAUCGUAAACCACUUAUCUUGCGUACAGGGUCACGGGACUAUUCAAUAAAUGUCUUUUUUCAUUUAAAAUUAUUAAAAUUUCCGAUCCCCUCUCAAAUUCUCUCCUACUGUGUGAUCCAUGCUCUAUAAAAUUGUAAAGUUCUCAAACAAAA